AUGCUGAUCCAGCCCCGGGCGACAGAAGGGACAGCAGUAGCACCGCCAGCAGCACUUUUGCUUAUUGCGCUACGCGUCCGACCCCUAGAGGAUCUCAUGUAUACGCGUGGGGCUCCAACAUCGACGGACAGAGGAGCUGAAGGAGACUACGGGGGGCCAUCGACUGCUGAUGGCCCCAAGGAGAUCCUGAUGCCUCUACAGAAGGGAGACCGACCUGUUUCGGUGUCUUGUGGCAACGGCUUCUCUCUCGUAGUUACGCAGAUGGGGUGUCUGUACACUUGGGGAAGCAACAGCCAUGGCCAGUGCGGUCGCCCCCCCCACGAUGCUCUUCCUGGGGAGCAGGAGUUCGGGGCCAACGUAAAUAAUUCUUCAUUUGGGGGUUUUGGCAGUCGAGAUGUCUUUGGGGGCCGAACGCGAUCGUCUUCUUGCCUGCCUCCUGGAGAGGUACGAGGCGCGUUAGCCUCUCAGAAGGUCGUGGGGGCCGCUUGCGGAGGUCGGAUGUGUGCUGCAGUUACAGCAAACGGGGAGAUCUUUGUAUGGGGGGACGUAAGGACGGAGAGGACCCUUAGAGGCAACAAAACUGAGGGGGGAAAACCCCAACCUCACGAACCGCGUCUGGUGCCAUUGCCAGCCGAGGAGGGGGGCCCCGCGAGGGCUGUAGCCGUUGCGUGCGGGGAAAGCCACUGUGUGGCGCUUAGCGCAAGGGGUUUUGUGUACACCUGGGGGAGCAACUUCUAUGGACAAUUGGGCCUCGGAGGGGGCCCCCGCACCGUGGAGGGGCCCCAGCUCGUCUCGGCUUUGAAGGACGAGCACGUGGCUUCCGUCGCUUGUGGAGCUCAGCACAGUUUGUGUUUAACACAGGACGGGAAGGUGUUUGUGUGGGGAUACGGCAAAGACGGGCAGUGCGCAGAACCAACUCACCUAGACGUCCCACUACCCCUCCAGGUGGACUUUGGGGGCCCCGAGGGGACGCAUUCAGCAGGCCGUUGCACCCAGAUAAGCGGGGGGGAGGGGCACAGUCUCGCGCUGUGCGGGAAAGGGAAGAUAUUCGUCUGGGGACGUGGCCGAGAAGGCCAACUUGGCAGAGGGGGGCUCGUGGAGAGCCCCGCAGCGUCACGGGACGCCCCAGUUGAGGUUACUUUAGGGGAUGGAGAACAAGUUGUUUUAGCUGCAUGCGGGGGGUGCCACACUCUUGCAGCAACAAAGCCGUCAAGUGAGUAA